GAUAACACGGAAAUCAAAAAAUUUCGUAUCAUUCGACAUAUUUCGUGUAUUAGCUACUCAAAUAUYGUUUAAUAAUUUAGAUCAUCGUGACAAAGUAUUUAAGUACCCGUAUUGACUAGUCAAAUAGAUGUCGGUGGUGUAUUGUAUCCGUUGAAAUUUGAUUGUAUUUCAUYCACAACUUGUCGAUAAUACGUAAAUAUUGUUUUCCUUCAACAGAUUAAGGCUCAGGUYCGUUAUUAACCGAUUGACAGGAGUUAAUCAAUGUAGUUACUGGACUGGUGGAUUGAAAUUUARAAUAAAUUAUAUUUUAAUCACUGUUAKAUAUUUGCUGUUGGACAGCUAAAUGGAGUCGCCUGAAGAAAUAAACGGUCACAGUGAAGCCAAUGAAGAAACAAAAGUAACAGAAAAUACUGUAAAGGAAGAGAUUUCUGAAUGUACCCCGAAGAAGAAUACAACUGAAAGUACUGUGGAGGAGCAAACGACAGAAUCUGUUGUAAAAGAUGAAGCCGCUGAUCUGAUUCUUGAUUCCCCUUCUGUUGAAUUUACUAUAAUACACAACAAAGACAAAUACACAGUCUCCAUGCCAUUAUUGUCGACAAUUGCGCAGCUUAAAGACAAACUGGUUGACAUGAUAGGCGUACCAAGCAAGAUGCAAAAAAUCAUGAUCAAAGGUUUGGCUAAAGAUGAUCAAACUUUAGAGUCUUUGAAUGUCAGUUCCUCUUCCAAAAUAAUGGUAGUCGGUGCUAAGUUACAAGAUAUUGUAGCUGUAUCUGUAGCUAAUGUUGAGGAGGAAUCCAGUUCUUCUAAAUCGAGUUCAGCAAUUAAAGAACCAUUAUGCAAGAAAAAAUUGCAUCUAAAAGUGUUGGAGCGAGGUAUACCCGAUGAUGCUUUAGUUGGGAUUUUAAAUAUCAGGGAUCCAUUACCACCGCACCCUUUAAGUGGAAUGCUUAAUAAGCACGGGGGAAAAGUAAGACUGACAUUUAAAUUGGAAGUGGAUCAACUUUGGAUUGGUACUAAAGAACGAACUCAAAAGGUUGCUAUGAAUACAAUCAGACAUGUGAUUAGUGAACCAAUCGAAGGACAUGAAGAAUAUCAUAUAGUGGGUUUCCAGUUGGGAACAACAGAAGCAUCUCGUUACUGGGUAUAUUGGGUACCAGCACAGUAUGUAGAUUCCAUAAAAGAAGCUAUAUUCGGUGGUUGAUCAUGUGUUGUUAUGAUUCUAGUCGAUUUUUUUCCAUUCAACACUUAUUAUUAUAUACAUUCAUUAAAAACAAAUUAUAUAUAUGAAUGUUAAAUUUAAUUUUAACA